AUGGCGACAGAUGGAAAUGUUGACGCACAACAGUAUACACGUGUAUCGGAUAUUAUCAAUGAACCACAAAAGAUGCUCAUGCCAAUUCGAGGGUAUGAAAAAAUGCCACUAGUGUCACUGGAAGAAGCUGUAACACCACUCAUUUCGAUUUUACCUGAGAUUCAAGAUUAUGCUUAUGUUGCGAAGCAGCGAUGUGAAUCCGUACCUCCCGAUGGUUUAACACAAGAUGAAUCAGCUUCAAUUAUGCUUUAUUCCAUGGAAUGGAAACCACAUGACGAAUGUUUAUAUUUUACCCUCAAUGCAAUUCUUCGCACUGAAGACAGGCGAAAACUAGAACGAUGGUUUUCGUAUUUGAAACUGAUUCUCACAGCACUCGAAAAAUUACCAUCCAUACGACGCCAUGUGUUUCGUGGAGUGAAUUUAGAUCUAUCUAAUCAAUAUACUGAAGGAAAAACAUUUGUCUGGUGGGGAUUUUCAUCAUGUACAACAUCGAUAGGAGUACUCGAAAACGAACAAUUCCUAGACAAAACUGGUCAAAGGACACUGUUUUCUAUUGAAUGUGAUAGUGGUAAAGAUAUCAGUCGUCAUUCGUAUUAUCAAUCGGAAAAAGAAGUUCUUCUUUUGGCUGCUCGACAAUUUAUUGUAGUAGGUUGUCUUCAUCCAGCACUAGGGCUUCAUAUGAUUCAACUGAAAGAAACAAAGCCUCCAAUUACUCUUUUACAACCGGUUACGAACCAAUCUGUGCAAAUUAAACCAACAUCGAAACAAAUUCAAAUAAAAAAGAAUAAAUUUCAACAAUCUGCAAUUACUGUUGCUGGAGGAAAUAAAGAAGGACAUCAAUUAAAUCAGCUCAAUUAUCCUCAUGGAAUAUUUAUUGAUAAUGAUAAAUCAGUUUAUAUUGCUGAUUGUGAUAAUCGUCGUAUUAUUAAAUGGAAAUUAAAUUCAAACACUGGUCAGAUCAUUGCAGGUGGACAUGGACAAGGAAAUCAAAAUAAUCAACUGGAUUGUCCAAUAGAUGUGGUUUUUGAUAAGAGAAACAAUUCUUUUAUUAUUUCUGCUGAGGGAAACAAACGAGUAAUUCGAUAUUUUGAUCAAAAUCAAACAAAUCAACAAAUUCUUAUUUCAAAUAUUGUUUGUUGGGGUCUGACAAUCGAUAAAAAUGGAUUUAUUUAUACUUCUGAUCGUGCGAAUCAUGAAGUAAGACGAUGGAAACAAGGAGAUGAACAAGGUGAAUUAGUUGCAGGUGGGAAUGGUCAAGGAAAUCAUCUUAAUCAACUCAGUUGUCCUACUUAUAUCUUUAUUGAUGAAAAUUAUUCUCUUUAUAUAUCAGAUUAUGAGAAUCAUCGUGUACUGAAAUGGAAAAAAGACGCAAAAGAAGGAAUCGUUGUUGCUGGUGGAAAUGGUCAAGGAAGUAGUCUCAAACAAUUGUAUUAUCCUCAAGGACUGAUUGUUGAUCAUUUGGGCCAAAUCUAUGUGGCAGAUUCUUGGAAUCGUCGAAUAAUGCGUUGGUGUGAAGGAGAUGAAGAAGGUGAAAUUGUUGUUGGAGGAAAUGGUGCAGGAAAUCAAUCAAAUCAAUUGAAUUGUCCCAUGGGUUUAUCAUUCGAUAAUGAAGAAAAUCUUUAUGUUGUUGAUUAUGCAAAUCAUCGAAUUCAAAAAUAUGAAAAGAUUUUAAAUUAA